AUGGGAUCCACCAACGUCGAGUUCAAGAACCCCGCGACCGCCACUCUCCUCGAGGCCGUCAAGGCCCGCCGCACCAUCUACGGCCUCAAGCCCGAGAGCCCCGUCUCCGACGAGGUCAUCGAGUCCAUUGUCCGCGAUGCCGUCCUGCACGUGCCCAGCUCGUUCAACACCCAGACCUCGCGUGUUGUCCUCUUGCUAAAGGACGAGCACAAGAAGGUUUGGGACAUUGCUCUGCAGGCUAUGGAGGGUCUUGUUGCCGCCGGUGCUCUGCCCAAGGAGGCGUACGAGGCUCACACCAAGCCCAAGCUCGAGGGCUUCCGCAACGGAUACGGAACUGUCCUCUUCUUCGUCGACUACGAUUCUCUCAAGGACAUCAAGGAGAAGUUCCCCACCUACGCCGACAAGUUCGACCCCUUUGCCCUCGAGUCCAACGCCAUGUCCCAGUACCUUGUCUGGACCGCCCUUAGCUCUGAAGGCCUUGGCGCCAACCUCCAGCACUACAGCCCUCUGAUUGACGAGCAGAUCCAGAAGACCUGGAACAUCCCCGCCAACUGGAAGCUCGACGCCCAGCUCGUCUUCGGCACCCCCACUGGGGCCCCUCACGAGAAGGCUUUUGCUCCUCUCGAGGACCGCUUCAAGGUCUUUGGCAAGUCCGCUUAG